AUGGGAAAGGUCCACGGUUCUCUCGCCCGUGCGGGUAAAGUCAAGUCUCAGACUCCGAAGGUCGAGAAGCAAGAAAAGAAGAAGUCUCCAAAGGGACGUGCAAAGAAGAGAAUACUAUACACCAGACGUUUCGUUAACGUCACCCUCACUGGAGGAAAGAGAAAGAUGAACCCCAACCCUGGAUCGUAA